GCUGCAUCCCGCCAUUGGCUUGCACCUCGUCCUAUCUUGCCCAACUCCUCCAACUUCACACCAUCCAACCCGUACAUCCUUCCCUCGUGGAAGGUGUCAUGGCUAGCCCGGACCACUGUCUCUGUUGACUGUUGACACCGGCAUCUCCCCGCAACAUUCGACUCCAAACUCGACGCACGUGCUAUCCGAGACUCGACACACUCGGAGCAUGCCCCUCUCCCACCCUCCCCAACCAUGGCGCCCUCGAUAGUCCACCUGCCCAACGGCCACACCCUGACCGUCACGCCCAUCUUUGGCGGCAUUGGCUUCAAGUCCAACGAGCUGCACACCUCCCACAACGUCUUCCCCCCCGGCUGGACCAUCAUCCUCAACAGCGAGGAUGACGAUGACGAAGAGCUUCCUGCCUCUGUCGCAGCCCACACCUCCACCAACGACACUGCGGUCUACCAGGCGCAGAAAGCCCAUCACAUCCACCGCUAUCGCAAGCCGAGUCUCCGCAACGACCACCUCUUCAUCUCGAGCAUCUCCAACCCCAACACCAGCGAAUUCAAGCCGGCAAGCAGCCCGACGAGGCAGAUUGCUAUGAUGCUUUGGGCGACUCUAUGGUGGUACUUUCACCAGCCCCAACCCGCACCACAACUGCACAAUUUUGCCUCUGGCAACACUCCCGAAGACGGGAAACCCAAAGGAGAGUGGAUUGUGCAUAUCAACCGCGAGGGUAUUUUCAAAGGGAAACACUUGCUGCCCAAAUUGGAACGAAUGGGUUUGAUCACAUCCGAAGACUCCACCGUCGGUCUCGAUCCGGAGGAUGGUGUCAGUAAUACUGGCGAAGGCUGGGCCAAGAUGUUCGUCAGUCGCCGUAGUUUCUGGCAGCUCGACCCUCGCAUCUACCUCUUCACCCUCAGUCCGCAACACCCCGGCUCGCCCUACCCCAGCAUCAGUCCCGCGGCCUCACGUCCGGCCAGUCCGACACGUGGUCAGCCCGGUGGCAUGGCAGUGGCGCCACGAAGCGACGAGGGUUUCCCCAGCUCAGGAACAUCUACUCCUCCAAUCGGAGCGCCUCCACUACUCAAACGUCACAACACUCCCCCAGGCCCCUUCACAUCAAACUCCCACCUCCCUACCUUCUACCCUCCACCUACGCUUCAAUACACCCUGACAAACCACAUCCGCCAUCCCGUGCGACCCAAGCCGGCCCGGCAAGGCGAAACAAUCUACACGCGCUACAUCCCCAGUCUGGGCCAAUACCUCAGCUUCCGCAUCGCAAGCCUCAGCAAGAACCCGGUAGUCCAUCGCGGACCCACCUCAAUCAAUGGCCACAGCGCCGACAUCCGCUUCCCCCGCCACGUGGACAGCACCAUCACCAGCAUCGCAGGCCUCAACCUCAAAGGCACCCCAGCUACCGCUAACCCCACCGACGACAUCACCUACAUGACGGACGUCGAACUCCUGCACAAAUGGAUGAACGACCCGCGCGUAGCCUACUCUUGGGGCGAAGAAGGGCCCAUUGACAAGCAGGAGAAAUUUCUCGAGGCCUGUCUCACCAGCAAACACUCCUUCCCCGUCAUCGGCUGCUUCGACGGCCGGCCCUUUGGCUUCUUUGAAGUCUACUGGCUGAAGGAAGACAAGCUUGCAGCGCUUAUGGGCGGUGAUGCGGGCGAUUGGGAUCGCGGAUUCCAUUUGUUAGUGGGUGAGCAGGAAUAUCGCGGCCCACAUCGGGUGCGAGUCUGGCUCUCUGCGUUGCUACAUUACUGCUGGCUGUCGGACAUGAGGACGCAGAAGGUGGUGAUGGAGCCGAGGGUGGAUAAUACCAAAUUACUCAACUACGCCCUGGAAGCCGGCUUCCACAAGGCCGGCGAAGUCACUUUUCCGCACAAACAGAGCAAUUUGCUCAAAAUCUCGCGAAGCACGUGGGAGGCUCCUGCGCUUUAGACGGGGGGUUGGUCGAGUCGAAUUAAUGACGAGGGUGCCAGGGUCGGCGGCCUGUUCCCAGCGUUCCGCGUUGCGAAGGAAGAUUUGGGUGGGUGUAUGUCUCUUGUCUUUGUAGAUGAUCUUGUCGUGAUCUGAGUGAUGUAGGUAUGUAAUGAGUUUGGCUGUGA